GCUGCGACGAGCUCUCGCGGCGACGUGCGGCCCUCGGUACUGACGCGCUGCUGGCGGCUCCUGCGAGCUAGGGGCGGGUUGCAGACUCAAUGAUGCACUCACUUGUGUGUCGCUGUAUGUUGCCGCAGCGUUUGCCGCUUGUCGGCGGUGCAGACGCGAGAGAAAAUCACGGUUCCGGCGGCAGGCGGCGCAGUGCGGCGACGUCGUCUCAAGCCCAAGCUGCCCCAGGACAAGUUCACGGCGCUGUCGACGGAAUUCCUGGACCGUGUGCAGAGUGCGAUGGAGCCGCUCCACCCACCGGUCAACGAGGAGUUCCAGCUCGAACGCGACAACAAUGCCGAACUUGUUAUCCGCAGCAACGACAAGGAGUUCGUCAUCAAAGUGCUGUCUCCCAAGCAGCAGAUCGAGUUCACGUCUCCGGUGUCUGGUUUGCGCACAUACCAAUGGAAUGGGAUGACCAAGAGAUGGGAGGACGAGACCGACUCGCACGACAUUGAAGGACUCCUCACCCGCGACUUGAUGCGCUUUUGCGCGGGAAUUCCGCUCUUUUAGACCAUUUACCAUCAAAGCGAAGGCACCGACGCCGAUGGCACUUCUGCGAAGCAGCUAAACACCGAAUUUACGCCUCCGUAGACAACACAUCGGGCUUGAGUGAAGACG